AAUAGUACUAAUUGCAAUCAAUUAAUAUAAUUAUGUUUGAAACAAUUUCAGAUGCAAAGGUGAUGAUGGAGUACAUCGGAGCCACCGGAAUCCCCAUCGAAUUAUCCGACGUCCCGAUAAAGGAAGGCAUAGAUUUCCAUUUCAUCCUCAGCUUCGCAAUCGACGCAAACCCAUCCGGCACCCCACAAAACGGCAUCUUCUCACCUUACUGGGCCGCCACUCUGACGCCGGACGCGGUGGCCGCCACCAAAUCCCUACAUCCAAACGUCAAAGUCCUGGCCAGCCUCUCCGGCUGGAGCCUGGGGGGCAAAACCCUCUUCUGGUACAGCCCCCCAGACAGAAACCUAUGGAUCUCCAACGCAUUCUCGUCGCUAAAAUCCCUCAUCCAAACUUACAACCUCGACGGAAUCGACGUAGACUACGAGAAAUUCCCGGACAAGAAAAACAGCGACGACAGCUUCGCUUACUGCAUAGGAGAGCUGAUCACUUUCUUGAAGAACCAAAGCUUGAUCACGGUGGCCACGAUCGCGCCUUUUUACUCCACCGUGUCGCCGUACAUGAGUCUCUACGAAGGGUACGAGGAUGUGAUAGACUACGUGAACUACCAAUUCUAUACCGACAAAGUGAAGACACCGGAGAAAUACGUGGAGGUUUUCAGGAACCGGACGUUGGAGUUCGACGGAAAAAUUUUGCCUAGCUACGAGGUGAAUGGGAGAGGGAUUCAAGGUGAUGCAUUCUUCGAGGCGUUGAGUUUGUUGGAAGAUAAUGGUUUUAGUGUGAAUGGGGCUAUGAUUUUCUCGGCCGAUGCUUCUUCCUCCGACGGUUACUAUUACGAGACCAAAACACAGGAGUUCUUGCUCAAUAAUUCUACUAAUUAAUUAACUCGGAGUUUAUUGCAUUCGACACCUAUG